AUGCAGUCGCAGUUUAAACGAGAACACUCGCGAGAACAAAGAUCGUUCGAAUCGAACCGCAUACGGGUGAAAUAUCCGGACAGAAUUCCUGUGAUUGUGGAAAAGUCUCCGAAAUCGGACGUCCCGGAUUUGGAUAAGAAGAAGUACCUCGUUCCGAGCGAUUUGACGGUUGGGCAGUUCGUGUACGUGAUUCGGAAACGAGUGAAACUGUCCGCGGAGAAGGCGAUUUUUAUCUUCGUGAACAAUAAGUUACCACCGACGGCGAGUUUAAUGAGCACGAUAUACGAGGAGAAUAAAGACGAGGACGGGUUUUUGUACGUUUUGUACAGCGGGGAGAAUACUUUCGGCGGCGAGGACCCCUUUUGCGCGUUCGAACACGUCGAAGAGGAAGAACUUUUCCAAGAAGAAGAAGAAACAGAAGAAAAAAAGGAAGGAUAA